CCUCGCUUCUCAGCAGUCUUUGCCUCUUCUGAGAAGCACAAGCACAAUCCACCCCAUUCUCUGCUCCCUCCUCCUCCUCCUCCUCCUCCUCCUCCUCCGACUCCGUCUGUCAUCAACUCUGCUUUUGUGUCGCAGUGAAAUAAAAAAUUACAGUUAAAAUAACACAUCUCUGUGCAAUUCGAAGAUGCCGUUGGCUGUCAUGCAGAGAUCUCCUGCUGCUGCCUCGUUCUUGGACAGGCUGGGCUGGCAGACGCCGGCGGAUAAAUAUAUCAGCGACGACGACUGCCCUGAUCCUCCAGGGCGCGAUGAGGAGCAGCCCGGACAAAUGGAGGUGUGGAGCGCCAUCCAAUGUCAGAAGGAUGAGGCAGCUCCGGUGUCGGCUCCUUAUGUUCAUCCUCUGGUGCGGCGGUCCUCGAGCUCGUUGAGCCAGAGGAGCCUCAAGAUUUGCACGGAGAGUCUCGGCUCCGAGACCGGCUCCGACGACUUCUUUUCCUUCGGGGACGGUAGCGACCUCGACCUCGAGUUCGGAGAGGAUGAGAAUGAAGAGGAAGUGGAGGAUGUUUCCGUUGCUGUUGCCGCAGAGGAGGCGGCGGAGCGUCCCCGAGGGAAGGAACUGACGUCGGUGAACUACCAUUGUUCCAUCAGCAUGCGGUCGCCGGUGAGGUCGUUCCCUCCGCCGCUCCCCUCCAUCUCUCAGCGCGAUGGGCGGUGCAUCCACAUGCGGCCUCAUCGCCGCGACGGCCGCCUCGUCGUCGAGGCCGUGUCUGUUCCUUCUCAGAACUACCUUCACGCCCAGCGCGUGGAUGGCCGCCUCCUCCUCUCUUUCAUCGAAGCUACCUAUGGAGAUGAGCCUGGUUAUGAUGAGUUCAGUGAUGCCUCCCAGGCUACCACCGGAAGCACUCUGCCUCGAGGACAGGAAGAAGAACAUGAUGUUAAAGAAAGACAAAUUAAGGAGGAAGAAGAAAUAGAGUUAGAUGAAGAGAAAUGCUAUGAAGAAGUAGAGGAGAAGGAUUGCUAUGAAGAAGAGGAAGAGGAAGAGGAAGAGGAAGUGGAAGUGGUGGACAGAGGAACCAUGGUGGAAGUGAAGGUGAGCACACAGCCCCAGAAACAGACCGGCACCAUGAAAGUUCAUCGCUCUUCCCUCGUCAUCAACAAGUUUAUCGGCGGCAUGCCGUCCACCGACCGCGUCCGAACUCCGGAGAUUGUUGACAACCCGAGCCGCGACGAAAGCAAACCGAAACACACUGUUCCACCUACGCACCUACUACCCAGGCGAGCCUCACCGCCAACCACCUCCGCAGCGGCAGCAGCUGCGGCAGCGGCGUCCACUCUCGGCAGCUACAGAGGACUAUGGCUCGGCGAGGACCACAUUCCGGCGCCGGACACCAAGUUGCUCUUCACCGCCAAGCGGCAGAACCUGGAAGGGUUGCUGCACGACAUGAGGCGGUGCAGCCAGCUCUGGCAGCCGUUGUUCAUUUGGGAACCGUGGUGCAUUGCGACUUCCUCCUGACCGAACCAACCGGAGCCUCACACAGCUCCAUCUUAUCCUCCGACUGCUGCUUAACCCGAUCCUACCCUGCUUAUUCUACUACCACCAAGAACAGUUGCUACGACCAUUGGAGGUCAAAUUAAGAAAUCUUCACUGUUUGGUUUGCCUCCCUUCGUUGAUUCAAUUUUCUAAUGUAAUGAUUGGAUUGCUUCGGUAUUGUUCCUUGUUCGGUCAUGGAACCUGAUUGGCAUCUAUGAACAGAGGACAGCUCUUUUUUUCUA